GUGGGAUCGGAGUUGUUGUGGUGAGCGGAGCUCGGAGAAUGAAUGGCGAUGGAUCGAUCGCCUCCUUUGUGAAGACAAUUCGGAGAGAACUCAUGCUUCAGCCGCUAUUGCGGUAGAAAAUUGGGACUGAUUGCUAUGGCUGGUGAGGAUGUUGAGGUUUUGGAGGAGGCUGGGCUGCGGGCCGAGGUGGAACCCGUGUUAUUGCAACCACUGGUGGAGGGAGGAGGAGGGAGCGGGUACGCUGCGACUGCGGCGGAGAAAUCCCCCCGGCUGGCGUCUCUGGACGUAUUCCGUGGGCUCUCAAUUGCAGUGAUGAUACUGGUGGACAAUGCCGGAGGGGUUUGGCCAUCUAUAAAUCAUUCUCCUUGGACUGGCAUUACUCUAGCUGACUUUGUGAUGCCCUUUUUUCUGUUCAUAGUGGGUGUAGCACUCGCCCUUACAUACAAGAGAAUAACCAGGGACAAAAAGGUAGCAUCGCAGAAGGCACUAGGCCGAACUGCGAAACUUCUAAUUGUGGGACUUGUUAUUCAAGGUGGCUAUUUCCAUGGACUCCAUGAUACGUCAUAUGGAGUGGACCUAGAACGCAUCCGCUGGUGUGGUGUUCUUCAGAGAAUAGCACUGGCUUACAUGGUAGUUGCCCUCUGUGAGAUUUGGGCCCCGCGCAGACGUCAAGAUGUUUCAAAUGACAAUUUCGCUAUCUUCAAGACAUACCACUUUCACUGGGCGGUGGCAGCUGCAAUUGUGGCGACGUAUUUGGCUCUGUUGUAUGGAGUUUAUGUUCCGGAUUGGGAUUUUAUUCCUCCAACAGUUUUAAAUUCAACUGCCCUUCAUGUGCACUGUGGAGUGAGGGGUAAUAUAGGGCCUGCCUGUAAUGCUGUGGGCUACCUGGAUCGCACUAUUCUGGGCGUAUCGCAUUUGUAUCAAAGGCCAGUGUUUCGACGUACUCCGGCUUGCAGUGUGAACUCCCCGGACUAUGGGCCUCUACCGUCAGGUGCUCCUGAUUGGUGCAAAGCACCUUUUGAUCCUGAAGGUCUUUUGAGCUCUUUGUCAGCAGUCGGCAGCUGUUUUUUGGGGCUACAUUUCGGUCAUGUUCUUGUCCAUCGCAAGGAACAUAUUGCGAGAUUAUGGGAUUGGAUGAUCAUGUCGUUGGUUCUGCUUAUAGUGGGUCUACUUCUUCACCUAUUAGGUGUCCCAUUCAACAAGCCGCUCUAUAGUGUCAGCUAUAUGCUGUUCACGGGAGGUGCUGCAGGAGUCGUAUUUGCAGGCUUUUAUCUCCUGGUGGAUGUCUACGGCUGGAGAGGCCCCACAUUUCUAUUGGAAUGGUUGGGUCAGAAUGCACUUCUCAUGUAUGUCUUAGUUGCUGAAGGAGUAUUUCCAGCUGCUCUCCAGGGAAUAUACUGGAGGAAACCAGAGAAUAACUUGGUUGCUUGGGUGGUUAACAAUGGCCCAUGGCAUAAGCAGGGCCUUACGCACCACCGAGUUCCUUUCACCCUAUCAGAUUUAAAUGCUGCCUGAGACUUAACGGAUCUGUUGCGCUUUGUUACACAGGUCGAUCUUGUUGAGGCGCUUUUUGAGAACAUUAUUGAGUCACGAAGGUGGGCCAAGGUUGUUGAUGUGCUCUGCGAAAUUCUCUUUUGGUGUUUCGUGGCUGGGUUUUUAAAGUACAAAGACAGUUUUUGGAAGCUCUAGGGGGUUCGAGAACAUCUUUUGUGGAACAAAAUGACAAUUUCCUUCGCAGAGUUUUAAUACAGUAUUUUGUGUUGUAAAUAAGGAUUUCCUAGCCUGACUGGUCAAUUGUCGUUGAUGCUUUGGGGAUCUCGCUCAUCGCUAGCAGAGAAGAAUUUUUACAGUAAGCUGAAAUUUACAGUAAAUUAUGCAGAAAGUACUCGGUUUUCAUUCUGCUCCUUAUUCCUACAGCAUCCUGGGUGUAGAAAAAAAGGAGGGGAAUGUGGUCGCCCACCAUGUCUAACCACCUCACCUUAUGCUGUCAUGACGCACUUAAAAACACCUUAAAUGAGCCUUUUCGCUGUCACAUGUAUUUCAUGAAAAAGAAAUGAAGAGACAAUAUAUUUAUA